AUGAGUGUAGUGAGUCGCUAUAUGCAUGACCCGAGGAAGGGUCAUAUGGAAGCAGUGUACCAGAUCCUGAGGUAUUUGAAGAGUGCCCUCAAAAAAGAGCUGAUAUUCAGGAAGAAUGAUCAUGUGAGCAUUGAGGGCUACUGUGACUCUAAUUGGGCUAGUUGUGCUAAUAACAGGAGGUCCAACUCAGGUUACUACAUCUUUGUAGGAGGCAACUUGGUCUCUUGGAAGAGCAAGAAGCAGACGGUGGUGGCAAGAUCGACAGCGGAAGCAGAGUACAGAGCUAUGAUCUUGGGAGUUGCGGAGUUGUUGUACCUGAAAAGUAUGCUAGUGGAGCUGAAGCUGGAUCAGGAAGCCAAGAUGAAGCUGUGGUGUGACAACAAGUCAGCCAUCAGUAUUGCCAAUAACCCAGUGUAG